AUGCCGGCGCACGCGGUGGCAAGAAUGAGCGCAUUGCAGCAGCUUGCGGUGAUCCAGGCAUUGAGGCCGGAUAGACUUCACAAUGCGAUGGCCCUGUUCGUGUGUGGCGCCCUCAACGUCAAGAGCGCUUCCCCUUCGGCCUUCAGCUUCAGCACUCUCACAGAGGACAGCUCGUGCGACGAGCCGGUGCUGUUCAUCACGAGCACCUCGGCAGAUCCUUCGCAGGAGCUCCGGGAGCUCGCAAGGGAUCACGUUGGUCGCGACCGGUACCACGAGGUGGCCAUGGGACAGGGGCAGGCCGAGUCGGCUAUGCAGCUCCUCAGGCAAUGCGCCGAUAAUGGCGAGUGGCUGUGUUUGAAGAAUUUACAUUUGAUGGUACACUGGCUGCCCAUUUUGGAAAAGCAGAUUUACGAAGUGGAGAAGAGCAGGGAUUUCAGACUAUUCCUUACAACGGAGCCUCACGAGAAGUUCCCCGCAGGCCUCUUGGAAUGCUGCCGCAAGAUCACAUUCGAAGCGCCUCCAGGUGUGAAGCAAAAUCUCCAAAGGACCUACGACGCAUGGGGACAAGACUUCCUGGGCUCGGGACCUCCAGUGCGGGCCCAGCUCCUGUUCAGCCUCUCGUGGUUUCACGCGAUCCUCCAAGAGCGCCGCAAUUACAUACCUCAGGGCUGGCAGAAAUUCUAUGAGUUUUCGUUCUCUGAUCUGAGAAGCGGUGCCGACAUGAUUUGUCUGAGAACUGAGGGCGGCAAGCAGGCGCCGUGGCGCUACCUCCGCGGAUUGCUGGAGAACGCCAUAUACGGAGGGCGCAUUGAUAACGACAUUGACAUGAAGGUGCUGACAACAUACAUGGAAGACACCUUCGCACCGGAAACCAUUGGGAUGGGAUGCAAGCAGAAGCCCCUCAUGGGCACCCGGGUGAUGGUGCCUUCCAAUGCCAAUCGCCACACCCACGUGCAGCUGAUACAGACCCUGGCCGAUCAUGACGACCCCCGCAUGUUUGGUUUGCCGCCCAACAUCGAGCGGUGUGCACAGGAAGCUCAGUCGGAGAGAGUGGUUUCGCUCUUGAGGCAUUUGAAUGUAUCAAAGGUGUGCAAAUCUGGCACCAGGCUGGAGGAGUGGACCAAGUCGCUGUCGCCGCUGCUGCGCCACUGGGACGGCCUGCUGGCGGCGCACCCAGGCAUAAACCCUGCCCGGCACCCGCACCGCACCCUCAGCAGGAGCGCGUCCUGGCGCUCCCAGGCCUCAAAGACCGUCCUCGAACAAUUUCCAACGGCGGAGGGCGACUGCGGCCGCCGGGCCUUGGCCAGGAUAAGCAACACGCUGGGCUCCAUAUCCAAAGCCCUCAGGGGCGCAGAGGGACUGUCGGCUUGCGUGGAGAGGGACGGAACAAGCCUUCACGAGGGGUGCGUCCCUGCAUCCUGGCAUAAGACACUGAGAGGACCGUCGGACCCCUUUAAGUACUGCCAAGUCGUCGUGGAGAGGCUGGAGGCCGUCGAGCGGCUGGAGGAGAGGGCGAGGGCGUCGGCUUCGGGAGAGGAGUGGCUGGAGGCGGGCGGCGGGGGCUGGCAGGUGAACCUGUCUCACUGGUUCCAUCCGGGGACGUUUCUCAGCGCCGUGCGGCAGCACGCCGCGCGGCGCCUGAGUUCGGCCAUCAACGAGCUGAAGAUGGUGACGUGUUGGGGGGACGCGGCUCUCAGGCUGCAGGCGUCGGGCUGCGUGUGCGCUCGCGUGGAGGGGCUGUACGUGCGGGGAGCGUGCUUCGACGGAGUGAAGCUGGCGCACAUCUCGCAGGAUUCGCCGAUGCUUUCCAGAAUGCCACUGACUACCUUUGCGUGGGUGCCCCAGCGCAUCCCGCCCCUGCACCACGCAUUCGUGCCUGUUCCGCUGUACUCCACAACGGAUCAGGACGAAAUUUUGACAGAGCUGCAAUUCCCCGUGGCAGACAAGGACGAAAGGAAUGGGUGGAUACUUGCAGGGGUUGCGGCUUUUGUAGGAUCUUCUUCACAAAUCUGGUGA